AUGGAGACCACAUUGGUUGGGAAGUUUGUGGGAAAACAUCCAGAGAUAGCUACAACCUAUAAGUGGGCAUUUGUUAGAUGGGUUAUUAAGUAUAAUCUGUCAAUCUUUGUGCUCCCUAAAGGACAUGAGAGCUUGGAGAGGCUAGCACUUGGCGGGUUGCUGGCAAAUGAGGUGGUCUAUCUAAGAACGAAAUACAAUAUGGAGAUUGUUGCAAUUGUAAAUUUGAAAAAUAUCGUUUCUGGUACAACAAACUUGGCAACCCUAGGUGGCGCCUUUCUUGCAGAUGCUUACAUUGGUCGAUUUCUAGCAUUACUCAUUGGUGCUUUCUCCAAUUUAAUUGGAACGAUUCUAUGGACUCUCACGGAUCGAAUCCCGAGAGUGCGACCACCAAAGUGCAGUGAGGCGCAAGCAAAGUUGAGAGAAUGCAUAAGUGCUUCCAAAGCACAGAUGUUUUUUCUUGUGAUGGCGAUGGUUUUCAUGAGCAUUGGGUCAGCUACAAUAAGACCAGCUGCUACGCCAUUCGGGGCAGAUCAGUUUGAACGAGGAGGAACUAAAACAGUCGAACAGAAGAAAGACCUUCAGAGUUUCUUUAAUUGGUAUUUUUUCUCAAUGAGCUUGGUCAGUGUGGUGGCCAGUACUGUUAUUGUUUAUAUUCAGAGCAAUGUGAGCUGGACCUUGGGAUUUGGUAUCUGUGCUAUUCUCAUGCUCAUUUCAUUAGUUGGCUUCCUUAUUGGUGCACCCCUUUUCUACCGUGAAACGCCACAGGGCAGCCCUUACACAGGUAUAGCACAGGUGAUCAUGGCGUCUAUCAAAAAGAGAAAAUUAUCUCUUCCAUCCGAUCUGACCCUGCUUUAUUACGGCCAAAAUAGUCCUAAAGUCUCUAUUACAUCCAGAUUCAGGUUCCUGGACAAGGCCGCCAUACUUACAGAAGGAGACAUGCAAGCGAACGGCACUGUGGCUCGACCAUGGAACCUCUCACCCAUCCAUAGAAUAGAGGAUUUGAAAAUCCUCAUCGCAAUUCUACCCAUGUUCUCUGUCAAAAUCUGCAAUUCAAUUACAUCACAGCAAUCAACAUAUGCAGUUUUCCAGGCCCUCACAAUGAACCGAAAUAUGGGCUCCUCAAGCAUCAAAGUGCCCGCAGCUUCCAUCCAUGUUGUCUCAUCCUUGGUGGUCAUUUUCUGGCUUCCACUCUACGACAGAGUAUUAGUUCCACUUACAAGGCGCCUCACAAAACAAGAAAGAGGAAUUACACCACUUCAAAGAAUGGGCAUAGGCUAUGUAUUUUCAUUGAUCUCAAUGUUAGUUGCUGCUUUAGUUGAAGUGAAGAGACGAAAUGUGGCCAAAAGCCAUGGCCUCACAGAUGACCCAUCAGCCAUAGCUCCAAUUUCUGUGUUUUGGCUUGUCCCUCAGUUUUUUAUACACGGUCUGGCAAAUUGCUUCCAUGUAGUGGGUUCUCUGGAUUUUUUCUAUACUGAGUUUCAACCCAAUUUGCGUAGCACAGCUAUAGCGCUUUCCUCCAUUAUGAAUGCGGUGGCGGACUAUUUGAGCGUCUUUAUGGUCACGCUUAUUCACAGAUUGACGGGUGGUAAUGGGAAACCUAAUUGGCUUGACAGUAACAUCAACCGUGGGCGACUUGAUUACUUCUACUGGCUCUUGUUGGUCAUGGAGAGCAUCAACGCUUUGUAUUUCAUGUUGCUUGCAUAUUUCUACAAGUAUAGGGAGAAUUUUGUGGUGGAUGGCGGUGAAACGUCUGAUGUGUCUGAUGGUCAAGAGAUGGUGUCUAAGAAAAUAGAAAUAUGA